GCACAAAAAAUGGCAGCAGUUCCAAGGCAUGUGAUAAAUUCUCUUUUUCUCUUCUCUUUGCAAACGAUCACUGUGACAAAUGAAAAUUUCUACGUACCAAAUAAUAAAAAUAUAUUAAAUGACAAAAGCAAUGAGAAAAAUAUCAAUUUGAAAAAUACUAAUAUCGACCAUUCAGGUUGUUUAUCUGCUAUAGAUUCGAACUCUGAUUGCUAUCCUCUAUUAUCGCUCAAUGAAAAGAAUGAGUUAAUCAACGAUAACGACAAUUAUCGAAACGAAUAUUUUAUAUUAAAUAAUCCUAAUAUUAAUUUAAAAGAAGAUAUACCUUUAAUAUUGCAUUAUGAUUUUAGAAUAGAAACAAAUGGAAAGAACGUUUUACCAUCCGACGAUUGUUUUGGUAAAACAAAAGCGGAAUGUUUUAAUAUCCGUAAAUCGGAAAUAAAGGAAGCUGCAAAAGCCUUAUCUCUAUCUGGCGAUAGCCUUAAAAGCCUUACGAACGAUGAAGCGUUCAAUACUGAAAUAGCAUAUGGGAUCCUCCUGACAAACAAUAACUUUGGCGACGAAGCGAUUAAUCAUUUUACUAAAGUUAUUCGUGACUAUCCUAACGAAGUUGCUGGUUAUUUAGGUAGAGCUUAUUCGCAUUUCUUCAGUCAGGAUCAUAAUCGAUUUCGUAAGGCUGAGAAAGAUCUGACUAAAGCUAUAACAAUUGCGCCAAAAUCUGCCGAACUCUACGAGCGAAGAGCCGAAUUGUUUAUACAAACUCGUCAAUAUAAACUAGCCUUAAAAGACAUAAAAGCUGCCUUGGAGUUGAAAUCCGACUCUGUCAGGGCGUACUUUCUAAGUGGAACAUUGAACUUCUUAACUAACAAUCUAGAAAUUGCCGAAGAAAACUUUAAACAAUGCUUAAUAAAGAAGGAUAGAGAACCGGAAUCGAAGGAUUAUCUUAACGCCUUAUUGAAUUUAGGACUAGUAAUGUUUUACAGAGGAAGAAUUAGAGUUCGUUUUAUCCAUAUACUACAUAUGUUUACUUGUUUAUUAUAUAUAUAUGUAUAUAUAUAGUAUAACAGUAUACAGUAUAUCCCCUUUUUCAAUUAUUUCCUACAGAAUGCUAUCGAAGCCUUUAAGGAAGUUUUGGCAAUCUCACCAAACGAUUUAGACGCUCAUAUAAACCUUGGACAAGCUUAUAAAGAAUUAGGUGAUACUAAAAAAUCUAUAAGUCACUUUACAUCUGCCUUAGAGAAUGGACAAAGGAAGAAGAAAGAUAUUUUACAAUUGAGAGGUAUACUCUAUUUCAGUUCAGGUCAUACCGAUUUAGCCUUAAGAGACUUAGAGAAAUGUUUAGUUAUUGAUCGAUUAAAUAAAGUAUGCAGACUUUAUUAUGGAUUAUCCUUAUUUAAUAGAGGAAAGCUCUUCUCUUCCGUGAAAGAAUUUACAAAAAUUAUUGUCUAUGAAGAUUUAAAUUUAUUACAGUUGAAAUAUUCAAAUGAAAUACUCAAAGCCAACUACUUACGAGAGUUUUCAAGAUACGUCCACUCAAAUUUGGACACUCCUUUCAUGGAAUUUGACGUAGAUACUGAAUUUUCUAACCAAUUUAAAGAUUCUUGGAUAAAAUCUAUUGAAUUCCCAAAAAUGGAUUACAUAGAACAGCCUGGUAUAAAACCGGAAAUUGCAAAUGUUCAAUUACCGCCUAAUUUGAGAAAUAAAGAUUUAAAAAAUUUAUUUUGCGAGGCUUGGAAAUUGGGAGCGUUGACUCUGCCGCAAUCCGAUGGAUAUAUGGAGAAUAGAAGAGUUAGAAUAGCAACUGGCUUAGCUAUAAUAGAAAUUGGUCAACAUUUUUCUACUAGCCGAACAAAAGAUUGGCAAUUAUUGUUCUCAAUUGCAACAAAGUACUUGAGUCUUGCGCAGUGUAUUUUACCUUACUUUUGGCUAUCUAGAAUGGGAUUCGACAAAUUGGAUAAGACUGGUUAUACUAUGGAUAUAAACUUUAUUAAAAACGACGAAAGGAACGUCAGAUAUUGGAAUUAUUUUGAAUACGUAUUUAAUCUUAUUAAGACGAUGAUAAUGAACUUUAACGGACCUCAAGUAGACAAUUAUCCCGGCUACAAGGAUGAUAUUCAAAACGCAAAAACUAUUAAACAGCUAAUUGACGUCUGUAGAAGAAGGAACAUAAAAAAGAGCGGAUUCGUUUUAAGUACGCAAAUUUCGAGUCUAUUUAAUCCAAAGAAGAAGAUAGAUGGUGCUACAAUAACUAUAUCUGCAGAAGAAAAAUCAACAUUUUCAAUGAAGAUACAAGUGAAUAAGAACAGUAUCGAUUCAUUUUCGAGGGAAAUUGAUUUCCUAUUCAACAAACUUCAUCUUCUCAGUAAAAUUACUGCAAACAAUAGCAAUAAUAAUAAUCAUAAUAAUAAUAAUCAUAAUAAUCAUAAUCAUAAUCUUAACCGUCGCACCAACAAUCAGAUGCCUAAUAAUAAGCAAUCGCCUGAUGAGACUGUCAUCAAUACUAUACUCUCUAUAGCGUUUUACCUCUACAACGCAAUGCCAAUUGCGAAAGGCAAUGACCUUAUAACUUAUACUGGUACCUUAGGCCUUUUGGCAUCUUUUAAGAAGAUGGUCAAGACUCGUCCAUUUCCAGGAAAGUUAUACGAUAUGGACGCGCUCCUAGCGACAUCUAGCGAAGCUUUUGUUCAAGUUUUUAAAGAGAACACAAAAUUUAUAGAAUAUUCAAAAAUUGAUAAUCUACCGUCAAUCCGAAGAGUAUUGCCAAAUGUAAGAAGUGUUCUAGAGAUUUUGGAAGGCGACGAGAGUGUUUGCACUGCCUAAGUAUUGCUUUCUUUUAUACUAUUUUUAUUAUUUUUCUUUUGUUUGUUUGUUUCAUUUUACACAACUUGUGUUUUUCCGUCUAAAAAUUAAUUAUUUCAUAUUUUUUCCUCCUUCCUUUACCUUCGUUUGUAUUCUAUGCUUUGGAAUAAAAACGUAUGUUUUAUGGUCAUUUGGUUCUUUCUUAUUUUCAGUCUAAAACUCCGCCCACUUCCCUCUCGUGUCACCUCGAAAAAAAUACUGUCAAUAUAAAUAAAUAACUAUUCAGUCUAUUUGUUUUCGUCAUUAUUUUCCUUUCUAUCUUUUUUUCGAGUGUAAAUACAGGAACACAAUGAUAAAAUACAUUAUUUCCUCUCUUUCUCUCUCUCUAUCAUUUUUUUCCAGACAGAGACAUUUCUCUUAUUUUAUCUUCUUCUUUUUCUCUACAAAUGUUUCAAUUACUUUAUAAAUAAACAAGUUUUUCGUCUCAUCACUCUCUCACUCUGUCUUUCUAUCCUUCUCUUUGCUGGCGACAUCUAUCGAGCAAUUAUUUUCUAUUUGAUGUCAAUACUAUAGUUUAUACAGUACACAGUGUAUUGGGCUCAAUAGGUGGUAUACUUAUAUAGGGAAUUAUUUACUAACCAGAGCUUGAAAAGUUAUUAAUUGACGGUAGUUGGUUGUAUCCAAUUACCUUUGCUGCAUGUCAAUUGCGCCACCUAUUGCGUGUUUAUCAUCUAUCGCCGGGUAAAGAGAUAAAACGAUGAUUUAGAACACUUAACUUCCGCUUGCAAAAUAGGCGUUGUAAAGCUUGUUGCUUAUCGAUACGCCUUAUCAGCUGGUAGAUAGUAUUGCGCCGGUCGUGAUAAACGUCUUUCAACGGCGUUCUCGAUUGGGACGGCUGUUUAGUAUAAUCGUCGGCUCAUUAGAUCUGCUUAACAAAAGUUAAGGUAUUUUUUUUGCCUGUUUUUGUAAAUAUUCUUACGCGAUAUUGAGCCAACUUAUAAAGCAGUACAGAAAGAGAGGUAGAAGAAGAAGAAGAGCAGGAGGAGGAGGAGGAGGAGGAAGAUAAAGAGGGGGACGGUAUAAGUGAUACGGAACUUUAUAAAAAUAGACAUAUAAUAUAUUUAUUAAUUCAACUAUUAAAGGAUAUGCAAUGGAUUAAAGAUAAUCUCCAAAUGGUCAACUCAUUUACGUAAUUAACAACCUAAUUGGUUAAUUAAAAAGGUGUUAAGGUUAAAGAGAUUAAAAGGGAUUUUAUCGAGUUCAGCGUUGUUCUUUUACACCUUUAAAAACUUGAUUGAAUAAUUUGAAACCAAAUAGUUUAGUCCUGGAAGAAAUGAUGAUGUAACCUCUCCACUUUUAAGUUGUAUAGUACAAAGGUUAGAAGAUGGAUCGUAUUACCCUAACGAAUUAUUCUAAAUAUGUUCUUUAUUCUUGAACCUAACACUAUUAAUAUAGGCCUAAAACGAACACUUUAUGGCCGUCGUCAGCCGUCGUUCUUUUUUAUUUAUUUUUUCUUUGGCAGAAAUGAGUGUAAAGGAAUUUUGAAAAGGAGAAAAAAAAACCUUAUCAGCUGUGAAAUGUCAGGAUAAUCACCCCGAGCGCAACACGCGAUCUCUCUCAAUUCAAUGUGUCCGCUCAGUGUGCGCUGUCGUCAAAGCGUACUUUUCCUGACAAGUUUCCCGCUACUUGACGUUCGAAAGACGGUUUACAGAGCCGAAAAUUUCCUGUGGAGAAAAACAGAUUAUUUUCCAGAAUUUCCCGCCAAAACCCAAAUAUUUUAAUUGAUAAAAAAAGUGUGAAAAUGGAGUUAAAAAAAGUAAUUAAAGCUUUAGGAAUUUUUCCAUUUUAAAGCCUAUUAAUUUUGUUAUUAUUGUUUGUAAUGGAAAG